AUGGCCGAACCCCCUGUACCAGGUACACGGCCAUCAGAGCCGCUAGCCUCCUCUCAAUCGCUCUCCAAAGCACUCGAGCAUCUCCGUCCUUUCAACCUCGGAUCCACAGACCAAAUCUCCACCCCGGGGCAACGCGGGGCUGACACGGCCACCACCGCAUAUACCGCACACGCGACAGACGCCGAUCUGCGAGACGGGUCAGCUCAAGAGAGCGCGCACAAUGGCUCUGGACACAUAAAUGGCAAGGCCGACGAGGCCAUCCCCCCACUCCCGGUCGUGAUUGAGCACAUCCAUGCCCGCGUGCAGCAAUUCCUAGCGGAGUCACAUCCCCCCGACUCGCUCCUCGCCUCGGUCCAGCGCUCAACCCGCACGUCCCUGGAAGUUGUCGCCAGCGCAGUUGCUCAGUAUAACCUCUCGGGGCUGUCACUGUCCUACAAUGGUGGCAAGGAUUGUCUCGUUCUCCUUAUCCUGUUCUUGGCUGGUCUUCACCCAUACGCUAGUCAUGCCGAGUCGUCGACAUCCGAAGAUGCUGAUUCUUUGGCCAAUGGCCCCGUUAUACCCGCUAUCUAUGCCCUUCCUCCUGAUCCUUUCCCCGCAGUGGAAGACUUUGUUCUCAGCUCGGCACAAGCUUAUCACCUCUCAAUAACGAAAUACACCACCGACCCACCUCAUACAACAUUGCGAUCCAGUUUUGAAGAUUACCUCGCACGCCAUCCUGGCGUUCGUGCUAUAUUUGUGGGCACGCGACGGACAGACCCACACGGUGCGAAGUUAACCCAUUUUGACCGGACUGAUGGUGGGUGGCCUGAUUUUAUGCGCAUCCACCCCGUCAUUGAUUGGAAUUAUGCUGAAAUUUGGGCUUUCAUUCGACACCUUAAUUUGGAAUAUUGUCAGCUCUAUGAUAUGGGAUACACCAGUCUUGGAGGAACUUCGGAUACUUUGCCAAAUCCGCGCUUGAAGAUUGAUGAUGAGAAGAGCGAUUGCGAGGGAACUUAUUUACCAGCGUAUAAGUUGAUGGAGGAUUUAGAGGAGAGGCUUGGUCGCAAUUGA